GGUAAAGCAUAAUUAUUCCAAAGAUUCGUUUCCUUUUCUCCAUUCUCUUUAACCCUUUGAAUCACGGAUCGCCGGUGGCGAUCUCACGUAUACUCAUCAAAAGUAAACACGUGUCGCUCUUUCAACAACUAUACGGUAAAGCACAGAUAAUUCCAGGAAGCACCUGAUAAGUGUCCCCCAGCGCCAACAGCACAGAUAGAGAGAGAGAGAGAGAGAGAGAAUCCUCUCCGUUCCCACCGUGCCAGCGCAUGCUCCAUUGUGAAAUUCCUCUGCAAUCUUCUCAAUUUCUCCGUCAUCAAUCCCAACAUGCUUUAUCUCCUACUCUCGCUAGGGUUUUAGCUCACCCUCGCGACUGAAGCGAUUUCUUCGUGAACCUAUUUUUAGCUUCUAGGGUUUCGUCAACCGCCAUGGCCGAGUGGCAGUCUCUCCUCCAAUCGAUUAUUGUCGGCCUCAUUUUCUCUUACCUUCUCGCCAAGCUCAUCUCCAUCGUCGUUUCAUUCAAAGAUGACAACCUCACCGUCACGCGCGCUGCCAUUGCCACCGCCGCCGCCGAGCGCGUUGAAUCCGAGGCUGUUAAACGCGAAGACGUCGUUCCAGAUUCUGCGGCCUCGCUCAGGUUAGAGGAGCAGUCCGUGGUGGCCGAGCACGGUAGCGUGAGGAAUGAUAGUGACGGCGACUACGACGAUGAUGAUUGGGAAGGUGUGGAGAGCACCGAAUUGGACGAGGCAUUCAGCGCAGCGACGGCGUUCGUGGCCGCCGCCGCCGCUGAUCGGCUCUCGCAGAAGGUGUCGAGCGACUUGCAGCUCCAGCUCUACGGGUUGUACAAGAUUGCCACCGAAGGUCCCUGCAGCACGCCCCAACCUUCGCCCCUCAAAAUGACCGCACGUGCUAAAUGGCAAGCGUGGCAGAAAUUGGGCGCGAUGCCUCCUGAAGAUGCAAUGCAGAAGUACAUUGAUAUUGUGACUGAACUGUAUCCUGCUUGGCUUGAUGGUUCAUCUUUGAGGAGUAGAAGUGGUGAUGGUGCUGGCUCUGGUUCAGAGGCUAAGGGACCAAUGGGGCCAGUUUUCAGUACUUUUGUUUAUGAAGAAGAAUAUGGCAGCGACUCGCAAAUGGAAGCCAUUCAUGGAUUUGCCAGGGAAGGAGAUAUGGCUAAUCUUCUCAAGUGUAUUGAAAAUGGUGUUUCAGUUAAUUUGAAAGACAGUGAGGGCCGGACACCAUUACACUGGGCUGUGGAUCGUGGCCACCUUAAUGUCACAGAGUUGCUUCUGAGCAAGAAUGCUGAUGUGAAUGCCAAGGAUAAUGAUGGACAAACUGCCUUGCAUUACGCUGUUACGUGUGAGAGAGAAGGCAUAGCUGAGUAUUUAGUGAAGCAUAAUGCAGACAUAAAUUCAAAAGAUAAUGAUGGGAAUUCACCGCGAGACAUCUGUGAGCCAAGCUGGCCGUGUUUGCAGCACGUGGGGGAAGUAAACUGAUUGCUUGUUUGCUUCAUGCUGGUUCUGGCCAAUGCAACCAUUUAUCCUAAUCCCUUCAGGAUGUACGUGUCUAUAUAACUUUUUUUUGUCCUUACGCAUGGUGUAUACACCCUUUUCUGUCUAUGCACCGCUUAGGUAAUUGUUCAUCAGGUAUAUUCUGUUUUAAUAUUGUUCCUCUGCUCAAUUCAAAGAUAUAGAAGGAAACUAGAGAGAGUAAACAGGGAAAGGGAGAAAAUCUGUAACGUUAUACGUUCCUCGGAAAACCUUCUACCACCCCUUCGAUUGAAGGUGAUACAGAUUUACAGGGUUAUUUUAGAUCUUAAAUUGGUGUUAA